AGUAGCCGGUGUGGGAGAGCCUCGCUCCAUCCAUUACGACUGUACCGUGGCUAUGCCACCCCCUCGGGAGAAGAGUCUGGUGUUUCUGUAGGCAAAAUCGUGGGUGCAGGUGUCCUGUUUGUGGGUGGAGGAGUAGGUGGAACCGUCCUGUACGCCAGCUAUGAUACACAGUUCCGGGAGAGCGUGGAGAAGGCUGUUCCCUACUCUGAUAAACUCUUUGAGAUGGCACUGGGUCCUGCACCUUAUACUGUACCAGUGCCAAAGAAACCAAUACAGCAAGGUCCACUGAAGAUCUCAUCUGUAGCAGAAGUAAUGAAGGAGUCUAAACAGCCUGCUACCAAAUCCCAGAUGAGCAAAACAGAAACUGUUGCUCCUUCAGAGGAAAAAGAAGCAGGCAAGGCUGCGGCACAGAUCAUCUCUGCAACAGGUGUAGCCAUGUCGGUGCCAGCUCCGGGGAUCCAGACUGAAGAAGGUAAAGAACAUGAAGAUUCCCACGCUAUAAAAGAACGGUCACCAGAAGAAGUUGCAGCCCGGCUUGCCCAGCAAGACAAAGAGGAGCAAGAGAAGAUAUCAGCCCUUGCAGGGACUCUAGAAGCAGCCCUAAGCACAACAGCUCGUAUAACCCUCCAGGCGAUUACUGCCCAGGAGUCCGCUGUGCAAGCUGUGAACGCCCACUCCCAAAUACUGAAGGAGGCCAUGGACAAUUCUGAGGCUGGUGGGGAGAAAAAAUCAUCUCAGUGGCGUACUCUGGAGGAAGCGCUGAAGGAUCGGAGGAGAGCAGUGGAUGAAGCCGCUGAUGCCCUUCUGAAAGCCAAAGAAGAGUUGGAGAAGAUGAAGGGCGUAAUCGAGAACGCCAAGAAGUCUCAGAUCGCAGGAGCCAAAUCUCACAUAACUGCUGCAGAAGAAAAUCUUCAUCACAUGAUAGUUGACUUGGACAAUGUUGUGAAAAAG